AUGAUACCUGGGCUUCUCCUGGCGUUCACCUUUUAUCUUGUGUUUCGAGCCCAGAUUGAAUGUCUCAAGGCCGAACGUGUGAUUCACCGAGGCCGUGAGCUCAACACCACCGGCCAGAAACCUCUCCAUCGAGCGAACGUGCGACUUGGUGGGAGUGCGCUCAUCAGUUUUGCGGAAGUCGAUCUUUUGAGAGUGAGAUCGUCAAUACCGUGGCGUCAAACCGGUCACGCCGCGUAUUACGCGUAA